UGUCGCGCAUGCUCAUUGUUAUAAUGUGGAAAAACCAUAUUGAGAUCUCUUACUGCACUAGUGCGCAUGGCCAAUGCUUUAGUGUGAUUGAUGUUGGUUUGGCUUAUGUGCCUGAGCUCCCGGGACACAAUCAGCUGCACUUCAUAUAAUACAGAAAGUGCAGUGGCAAGGAGAAGUUUUAGAGCAGGCUGCGGGAGAGAGAGAUAGUCGAGCCUACAGCACUGCUACGACUGUUAUCAAAAAAUGUCAGCGAAUAAAACCAAGAAAGUGAAAAUGGCCACCAAAUCAUGUCCUGAUUGCGACCAACAGAUCCCUGUAGCUUGCAAGUCCUGUCCCUGCGGUUAUGUGUUCAUUAGCCGAAAGCUCUUAAAUGCCAAACUAAAUGAAAGAUCACCACCAGCAUUAGAUAAACUGGAUGCAAAGAGAAGACGGACGGAACGAAUCCGCCGAGAAAAGAUCAACUCUACCUCCACUAAUGAUAUGGAAAACAGAAGGCGGUCUCGCUCCAACAGCCAAUCAGAGCAGAUUCGCAGAGGAAGGGGUAGACCUAAGACCACAGGUCUGAAGAAACAGGAGGAGGAGAAAGUAGAAAAACAAGAGAAGGAGGUCGAUAUCUACGCCAAUCUGUCAGACGAGAAGGCCUUUGUGUUCUCGGUGGCCUUGGCUGAAAUCAACCGUAAGAUCCUUGGCCAGAGACUGAUCCUGUAGCUGUUACACUGGUGCUGACUGACAGGUGAAACUCAGGAGUCCUGCUGCCGAGGCCCAGGCAUGGCCUCUGUGUAUGACAGAAGAGGGGUGGGGGGGGGGGGGGGGGGAUGGUCGAGGAGGACUUUAAGACUCAGACCUACUUUUGAUAGUGGGAGCCACUUGGACUGGUUGACACCUGGGGUGUUGCCUGGGAAACGUGGCCAUGCAGACACCUGCUCUGCCUGGAGAGAGGAGGUGGAACCACUGGCUGACUUGACGAGGAAGCGUGAGAAACGAAGCCUCUGUGGGCAAAAGAUUCUGGUGCUCUGCGAAGUCUAUAUGUAUUUAUCUUUUCAUCAGAUUUUACAUGACACGAUAAGCUGAGGGUCCAUCGCCAUCGAUAGAGGAAUGCUAGCUGUUCAGUAGAGCUGACUGUUUUUUAAAAGGAGGUGAUAACUAUGCCAGGUUUUGCUCUAAACUGUCACAGGGCUGUUCGGGUACUGUAAUUGUGACUUCAGUGUAGUCCUAGGUUUGCUGAUCUACUUAACUGUUCAUUGUAGAUGCCAUGCAGCCCUGUCGUUGACUAGCAAACCUAGUUUUUAUGCUUGUGGGAAUACCAUUGUAUAUCUUUAUUUAUUAUGCCCGUUCCACUCUAAUUUAAAUGCUUAUUUUAUUAUCCUCUUUUGUUUCUGUUUCAUAAGUGGCAAAGCAUAUCUAAUGUAAUAUUUGCUCUGUAUAUGAGCGUAUUAAGUGUCAAAGCAAAAAUCCACUUUGAUUUUAACUCCUGAGGUUACAAGAGGUAAAUUCCUGCCAUACUUGGUCUUUUGUUUUUGCACUGUCUCAGUUGUCCAUUAAUGGGAAAACAUCUUCAGAUUACUGCACUCCACUAGGCUUAUGUUCCAACACAGAAAAUCCUUUUAAGUAUUAUUUUAAAGAACGAUUCCUGUGAUACAAUCUGACUCCAGGCUGUGAUCUGCUCCCAAUUUAUCGCCAGAACAAAAUGAUCUGGAAUUUAGAGAGAACAGAUGAAAAAUGAUAGCAAAAGUGAUUUCAACACAUAGUGGGAAUUUGAUCAUUGUGUUCUAUUUUGUUGUGAGCAGGGACCUUAAAAGAACAGUCAACAGACGUGACUUGUUCAGUUUCAAAGCGAAAAAAGUAAUAUGGUGUUCUGGAAUGUCUCUGCCAAAUACCACAACCUAGAAUAUGCUCUGUUAGAGCUUUGGAUGGGAAGUGCAGAUCAGUAGCACCAUACUGUGCUUGCUAUUGUGUGGGGGAUUAUUUGACAGUAAUAGCUGUUGCAAAACCCACAGACCACAUCACUCCUCCUGCUUAUAUUAAAAAUCAUUCUAAAAUAAAAAAUAAUGAUUUACUAUUAA